AUGCUUUCGAAAACAGCCUUGCUUGCCUUGCUUGGAACACUUGUUCUUUCGAUAGGGAUAGUUCAAGCUGAUGAUCCCGUUGACGGCGAGGUGUCUGAGGAUCAGGAUAUCAUAAAAGCUGAUGAUGAUGACCUGACAGUGACUUCUUCCGCUGACGCCGUUGUUUCGUUUAUCUUCACUCAACCCGCCGAUGCCAAUAUCGUCAAAGAAAUCUAUGGUGGAAAGGUCGUAAAAUUCCUCAUUGGCUUCCAAAAUCGAGGUGAGAAGGACUUCCUCGUGAAGCAUUCUGAAACUUCAUUCCGUUAUCCUAUGGACUUCAACUACUAUCUUCAGAACUUUACUCUCGGCCAAUACAACCGCCGUGUUGCACCAAAAGAAGAAGUUACUUUGGACUAUGCUUUCUUUGCCCACGAAAGCUUUGCCGGCCGUCCUCUGGGGCUCGUCGUUAACCUUCAUUAUGAAGAUUCGGAAGGACACUACAUCACCAAUGUGUUUAACGAGACUGUAACAAUCCUCGAGGACGAAUCUAGUUUCAACACUGAAACUGGCUUCAUGUAUCUUGUUUUCGCCAUUAUCAUUGUGCUGCUUCUUCUUGUUGGUCAGCACUUCCUGAAUAAGUUCACGAGAAAAGCUGGUAUGCAGAAGAAACGCCAGCCUGUUGUGGAGCAGGGCACCAGCAACUCUGAAGUUGAUUUUGAAUGGAUCCCAAGAGAAAUUUUGAAGCAGAAUGAGAAGAAGUCCCCAAAACCGGGUUCACCUCGCAAUAAUGGUAAAACAAAGAAGACUAACUAG